GAGAUUUCCCGAGAUGGAAGGACCAGACAUGCAAGUGGGUUCUCUGCUCCCAGAGGAGAGCGACGAUCAGGCCACAGACUUUUUGGUGGAAGCGCAACGAGAGGUGCGCUUUGCGCGGCGUUGUGCCAUUUCAUCCAUGCUUUUGGCAGGCGCUGCUGUGACCAUGCUGGUGGCGACGGUGUUUCAGAAUAAAUCGGCCAGCUCAGAUGUGACGCAGGCGACGGUCCUCGACAACACAGUGUAUCCCACGUUCCCAGGUGUGCCUUUAUUGUCACCCGGUUGGGCACGCUGCAUCACCAAUGCUGUGGUGCGUGAAGGCCACAAUCCUGAGUCCCCAAAGGUGGCGGUGGUCCGUGAGAAGACCAAGGUCUUGGUGGCCGAAGUCCGCGGUCGCAGGGUUCGCAUAGAAGAGCCCAUCCAUGGCUGGGUUUCAUCAAUGUCAAGCGAUGGCAUCGAAGUGAUCCGGAUGUUGGAGGGCGAGAAGCUGCGCGACCACUUCAAGCGAGAUAUUGACCGCCGUAGCUUCCCCAAGAACCAGAGCGCACAGGAAAGCUUCGAACAGCUUCGUGCUGAACUUCUCAAGCUUAAGGGCAGCGAGGGCCAACUCAUGGGUCUCAUGGAGCGAGUGGUUGGGAAGCUUCAGGACAAAGCCAAGGUCCAUGCAUAUGCUGAUGUGGCCACCGACGGAGCCACGCAGGUGGUUCAGAAGCUCCAGGACACCAUUCAAUCCAUCGACCUGGACAAGUUUGAUGCCAAGCAGAUGGCUGAGGACUUCUUGAAGGGUAAGGUUCACCUGGGCGACAUUAACAUCGACUUCUUGAAGUCGGAGGCGCCGCAAACACCUCGCCCGAGCAUCGACAUCGUGGAAUGA